GGACCUUAUGGUUAAGGUUGCGCCGUCGCUACUCUCGGCGUGUGGCAUAAAUGACCCUGCAUUGAAAAAAUACAAUUAUAAUUUAUAAACUUUCAUUCUUUUUAAUAAAUUUUUAAACAUCCGUUGUUUUAAUGUGAACAUAAAUUUCAUUCCAAACGAUUGCUUUUAUAUAAAUCUAAAAAUGUCAUGCCGGUAACGCCCUGGAGCUUGUAACAAUUAGUCAUUUUGUGGAAUGUGUAAUGUGUAACACUGUUUAGCAUAGAGGAUAAAAAAUUGGUUCAAAUAAUAACAUCCUAUAAAAAUGGAUAGUAAAGGCAGAAAAAUUAUUGUUUGUGAUAAUGGAACAGGGUUUGUAAAAUGUGGAUAUGCAGGAGCAAAUUUUCCAGCACAUAUAUUUCCAUCCAUAGUGGGACGUCCUAUUAUUAGAGCUGUUAAUAAAAUAGGGGACAUUGAUGUGAAGGAUGUGCUUAAUAUGCCUGAUUUAAUGGUUGGGGAUGAAGCAAGUAAACUUCGUUCUAUGUUGGAGAUUAGUUAUCCAAUGCAAAAUGGAAUUGUUAGAAACUGGGAGGACAUGUGUCAUGUGUGGGAUUACACAUUUGGAAAGGAAAAGAUGAAUAUUAAUCCUAGAGAGUGUAAAAUUUUGUUAACAGAACCACCAAUGAAUCCUAUCACAAAUCGAGAAAAAAUGAUCGAGGUAAUGUUUGAAAAGUAUGGCUUUGCUGGAACAUACAUUGCAAUUCAGGCAGUACUUACACUGUAUGCUCAAGGGUUGAUUAGCGGUGUUGUGGUAGAUUCUGGGGACGGUGUUACUCAUAUUUGUCCUGUAUUUGAAGAAUAUGCUUUACCUCAUCUUACGCGACGGCUAGAUAUAGCUGGUCGAGAUAUUACCAUGUAUUUAAUUAAACUUCUAUUGUUACGUGGCUAUGCGUUUAAUCAUUCUGCUGACUUUGAAACAGUUAGAAUGUUGAAAGAAAAAUUAUGUUAUAUCGGAUACAAUAUUGAAACUGAAGAAAAAUUAGCACUUGAAACGACCGUUUUAGUAGAAUCAUAUACUCUUCCUGAUGGAAGGGUAAUCAAAGUAGGUGGUGAAAGAUUUGCAGCACCAGAAGCUUUAUUUCAACCUCAUUUAAUAAAUGUUGAAGCUCAAGGAAUUGCUGAAUUAGUAUUUAGUACUAUUCAGGCAGCUGAUAUUGAUAUAAGGAGUGAAUUAUAUAAACACAUUGUUCUAAGUGGUGGUAGUACAAUGUACCCAGGACUUCCAUCUAGGCUUGAAAGAGAAAUUAAACAACUUUAUCUACAAAGAGUAUUAAAAAAUGAUACCUCGAAAUUAAAUAAAUUUAAGAUUAAAAUCGAAGAUUCGCCAAGACGUAAAGAUAUGGUUUUCAUGGGUGGUGCUGUAUUAGCGGAAAUAACAAAGGAUCGAGAUUCAGUAUGGAUAACGAGAGAAGAAUAUGAAGAAAAGGGUCUUAGUGUAUUAAAAAAGUUAGGUUCUUAUGAAUCAUAAGGACAUAGUCAUUGAAAGAUAGAAAAGAGAUAUGCAUUUUUUUUUAUAUUUAAAGUCAUUCGAAAGUUAGGUGCAAAGUGUUUAUAUUUUACUUGUACAAAUAAUUUAUACUAAAUUAUUUGUUUCAAGCAAAUAUAAGCCACAAUUAUAGUUGAGAAGUAUGUAACGUAGUAUUAUAAAUUUAAAAAUGUUAAAAAUUUUUUAAAUGAAAUUUCAUUCUAUAAGUAUAAUUCGUUAAAUUCGACUAAUACAUUGAUUUAAACUUGUAACUAAUUUCGGGAAUAUUCCAUAUCUCAUAUUGGAAUAAUUAUCCUGAUACACGUAAUACAUUUCCAGACGAUAUACAUUGUAAAUAUAUUUGUUACAGAUACUUCCUUUUUUUAUGAAAUUAAACCUUUUAAUUAACAAACAUACAUUACGAAUUGUGAAUAACUGCAUGUUUAAUUUUUUCAGGUUACAAUAAUUUUAUAUAAUUCAUGUGUUGUGUAUAAAUACAGUAUCAAAUGAAGCAGGAUUACCUAGGGAAAACGACGCUUCCACCCCAUAACGCCUAGAGGAAAGGGUAAGCUUUCGGGAAAGGUCAGGAACUCUGAAAUCCCGAAGAAGCUUACGGGAAGGGGUGGCUUCGUCGUUUUCUCUGGAAAAACCUACUUAGCUCGAUUCUGUGCAUUCAUAAAAAACCAAUUUGUUAAUAUAAUGGCUAAAAUUAAAUAAUUGAAAUUGUAAAUAUCAUAAUAGCGUUAGAUUUUACAAUCUUUUAUGGACAAACAUUUUAUCCUAAAAAAUUAUUUAAAAUAUUAACUAUAAUUUCAAUUAUAACAUUUUUUAGUACAUGAUACAUUUUUUGAGUCAAAUUGAUAACUAACAAUUUUUGAGAAAUACUUUCGAUUUUGGCCAUUACUAUAAUUUAUAACAACUAGUUCGUAAGAAAGCAAAAAACAUUUAUAUACCUCUGUAUCCUCUUUUAGUGGUUUCAAAGUGGAUUAAUAAUUAAAUGUUAACAUAUUCCGUAUGUUUUAAGAUAUGUAUGAGAAAUCAUGUAUUAAAUUUCAGAAGUCAGAUAUUAGUAGAACUAAAUUAAAACUUUCGGACUCUUAAACAAAGAGGGUAUGAGGUAACAUUACGUAUGAUGUAUAUAUAAAAUAUAAGAUGAAUUUUUUAAAUUUUAGUUAAGUAAUUUGUAGAAAUAAACUUAUUUCUUAUGAAAA